AUGUGCUAUACCCGUUCCACUCUGCUUGUCUGUCCGGACUGUCAUUGCAGAUUCACCUCUGCUGACUAUCCAACGGUGGACAAGAUUUGCUCAUCUUCAAGUGAUUGUCGCUAUCGCAACCGCCAUCCCCUGCCUCAACGUGAAGAGGAGGUGGCUAAGCGAUGCUCAAGGUGCCACAUAGAUCGAGACAAUCGGUAUUCCCAUGGCUCAAGCACACGUCAAGAUUCUCGCUCUGUGAUCCGUGAGUCGGAGCGAGGUUCUGGGCGCUCUGGGGCGUGUUCUGGAGCUUCUAGAACAUGGACCAUUGACUCUAACACCAGCACUAUAAGGGACCAUCGCGAUCGCUCGACCACAGCCACUACGACCGGCUCACGAUCUCGAACUGGUACAUCCCGCAAUGACAGUCGAGACCGGUCUUCCGCCGCCCAUGAGCGCGAUUCCAGGUCUUCUCUUUCUCGAUCCCGUACUGUGUCAACUUCUGGCUCGCGAGUGGAUGCGCAUGAACGUUCUCAUGAAGACCGACUUGUCGUACGAAGAGACAGGGAUGGCUCCAGAACACUGUCAGACAUGUUUGGGGAUAUGAGCGUGUCAACCUCUUCAUCCCGACAUGACAACGCUCUUGAGAGACGCCGAAGCCACAGAGGUGAUCGUUCAUCACACCGCACAGGCGGCCGUUCUCGUGGAUUGCCGCCGAAUGGCAUCUCUCUGAAUUUCGUCUCAAUGAUGCUCGCCCGCCGUCACACCAAGUCGCACCGCGAGUCUUCAGCCUCGACAAGCCAGACCCGCAACACCGACACCACCGUCUCCACCCGGUCUCGCGCAUCGACUGGUCUGGAUAUCCCAUUCGAGAUGCUCCUCGACCGAUAUGGUCUGAGUGUCACCGACAUCGAGUACUCCUUGGACCGGGAGCACCGUGAAGUCCAGUUUGAGAUCCCCAGAGACAUCCUGCAACUCCUCCCGCCAGGCGACCUUUUUCAAACGGAGGACAAUGAGCUGGUGUGGGCGGUUUGUGAACGUUGCUUGGCCGAAGAGGGAGGAUGGGGCAGUUUUGCGAGAGCGAGAGGAAGUGGAAGAGGAAGAGAAUAUCACUGA